AUGACAAUCCUAGCAGUUGUACUUUAUGGCCACAGAAAGAUUCCUCUGUCUAAGUGUCCUAUUAAGGCACCUCUGCCUAUUGUCCACAAGUAUUACCAGCCUGGGGAUUUUAUCAUUGCUAGCAUUACCUCUCAAGUCUACAUUUUUUCAAGUCCAGUAACUUUCCAGAAGCCACCUUCUGAGGAAACCUUUGAUGACCUUUUCUACUUUCUGGCAAAGUGGACCUAUCUAGCCUCAAUGGAACUUCUAUCCACUCAGGACAAAUUUACCCCAAACUACAAAUGUGAUGAUUGGAAUAAGAUUGUGGGAGUCAUUGGGGGACCCACCUCUGAAGUCUGCCUCCACAUGACGAAUAUAUUGAGCACCUAUAAGAUUCCACAGAUCUUAUAUGGAUCUUCUCCAAUAAUAAAUGACAAAAGCAAAGAAGAUUUUUUUCACCAAAUGUUUCCAAGUGGGACCCAUCAGUAUUUGUGCAUACUUGAGUUGCUACUGCAUUUCAAGUGGACCUGGAUCGGUGUGAUUGUUUAUGAUGAUGACAAUGGAGAUGUGUUUGUUCAAGAUAUACUUCCCUUAUACUCUCAGGAAGGUGUCUGUGUGGACUUCUUAGAAGCAUUCCCCAAAAUAUCUUUUUCAGGUGACAUUGCUGAAACAGCAAUGGAAUGGUUUGCAACUUCACGUAUUGUCACAGAUACUACUGCCAAUACUGUUAUCAUUCAGGGUGAAAUACAUACUAUGAGUGUCUUAAGAACAAUUUUCCACUUUUCACAAUUUUAUGAUGUAAUAAUUGAAAGUCGAGUGUGGAUUAUGACAGCCCAGAUGGAUUUUACAUCUCCUGGUAUAGCAAGAGAUUGGGACAUACAUUUCCUUCAUGGGGCUUUGUCCUUUGCUGUUCAUUCAAAUCAUCCUAGAGGAUUCCAGCAAUUUUUAAGGGAAAGAAAACCUGCUUUAGGAACUGGAGAUGGGUUUAUCCGAAUCUUCUGGAAAGAUGUAUUUAGUUGUGAUUUCUCAGAUUCCAGUCUACCACAGAGAAAUGAGAAGACCUGCACUAAAGAAGAAAAAUUGGAUAGUCUACCUGUAACCCUAUUCGACAUAAGCAUGUCUGGCCACAGUUAUAGUAUCUACAAUGCAGUUUACAUUAUGGCAUAUGCUUUGUAUGCCAUAAUUUCAUCCAAGUCAAAAGAGAGGACAAUGAUAAAAAACAGGAGACAACAAUAUCUGCUUGAAGACCUCUGGCAGCUCCACAAGUUUAUAAGAAAUACUUUCUUUAAAAACAGUGCUGGAGAAAAUAUUUCCUUUGAUGACAAAGGCCAUUUAAUUUCUGGAUUUGAUAUUUUUAACUGGGUCACAUAUGAAAAUAAUACAUUUACAAAAGUCAAAGUUGGAUGGGUAGACCCAAACCCUUCUUCUUCUAAAUCUCUCACUAUUCAUGAGGACUCCAUUGUAUGGCCGACAAGACUUAACCAGAAAAGACCCCAAUCCCUAUGUAAUGACUAUUGUCAUUCUGGUUCAAGUAAGGUAAAAAUAGAAGGAAAGCCAUUUUGCUGCUAUGACUGCUUUUCAUGUCCAGAAGGGAAGAUUACAAAUCAGACAGACAUGGAUGAUUGUUUGCCAUGCCUAGAAGGAGAGUAUCCAAACAACAACCAUGAUUCAUGCCUCCCAAAACAGAUAGUUUUCCUGUCUUAUGAAGAUCUAUUAGGGACUAGUUUGGCCACUACUGCACUCAUCUUUGCUUGCAUUGCCACGGUAGUACUUGGAAUCUUCAUCAAAUACCAGGACACUCCCAUAGUCAAGGCCAAUAAUCGGAACAUUACCUACCUUCUCCUCACCUCCCUUGUGCUCUCAUUCUUUUGCCGUUUAUUAUUCAUUGGACAACCUGAAAAGGUGACUUGUCUUUUGCGACAAACUGCUUUUGGAAUCAUCUUCUCAGUAGCCAUUUCUUGUGUAUUGGCCAAAACCAUCAUUGUGAUUUUAGCUUUCAUGGCUUCAGUGCCAGGAUCCAAGAUGAGGCGAUGGCUGGGCAAACAGUUAGAUAAUUACAUUGUCAUUUCCUGCUCCCUCAUUCAAGUUGUUGUUUGUACCAUAUGGCUUAUAACCUCACCCCCAUAUCCAGAUGCUGAUCUGAAUGUAGCGGCAGAUGAAAUAAUCCUAGAAUGUAAUGAAGGCUCCACUGUCAUGUUUUAUUGUGUCUUGUUAUACCUGCUUUUCCUUGCCAUUGUUGGUUUCUGUGUGGCUUUUCAAGGUCGGCAUUUACCAGAUAGUUUUAAUGAGACCAAAUUCAUUUUCUUCAGCCUGUUGUGUUUUUGCAGUGUCUGGUUGUCCUUUUUUCCAACCUAUCUGAGCACCAAAGGGAAAUACAUGGUAGCUGUGGAGAUCUUUUCCAUAUUAUCAUCUAGUAUAGGACUACUAGGUUGCAUAUUUUUUCCCAAACGCUUUGUCAUUCUACUGAGACCUGAUUUGAAUACUAAAAAACAAUUAAUGAGAG